UGCAAUAAUUCGAUUGGUUUAUCCCUGUUUUGUAUCCCCGGAUUUGCUGCUGCUAAUGUUGACUGCUCGAGACCUUAAAGCCCUUAUCUGGGUGUGCAUCGGUGUUGAACUUCCUCAUUCACGCAGGCUGAACCAUGCCCAAAAUACCAAUGCAGGCGCACGUGCGCACAACUUUGAUGUGUCUGUAACAUCGUUUGUCUUCCUUACUCUAAACUGGAAAUUUAUCAUUCGUUAGUGGAAGAAAGGCUACUUCUACAUGAUGAACGAACCAGUAAGAUGCCAGCAAAAAAGUCUGAGUGUUUUUUGUUUUGUUUUUUGGGUGAUUGACUGUCAUGAAUUGUGACCGGUUUCGGCAUUUAAAUGCUGUUUUAUAACGCUUGGUUACCUGUAGCUCCUUUUUGAGUAGUUUGAAGUUUGCCGUUUCCCUCAGAUGUGAGAACUAUCAAUGGAUUUGCAGACACCCCCGUGCAACACCUCCGGAAGUCAGUGUGAUUCAGGAGUACAGCCUGUUCCGUAUGCUCUGAUCAUCAUACCGGUCCUCUUGGCCGUGACCACCGCGGUCGUGGUUGUCCUCGUUGUGUACAGCGUCUGCUGCAAGAGGCGAGAGCCAGCAGGGACUCCGGUCUCCUACAGUAAUUCAAAUGGUGCAACGGUCGGCAGCACAGGGGCCGGGUCUGUGCUCACGGGGACGGUGUCAGGGGCACUAGGCCCUGCCCGGGACGCUCUAGGCCCCUGGGAGAUCCCCGAGGACGCGGUCCUGAAGGAGCUGGACUUCCUGCACACGGGGCGGUAUGGACCGGUCUGCCAGAGCCAGCUGACCAGAGGCCAGGUCACCAGCGCAGUGGUGGUCAAGACGCUCCGAGACAGUACCAGCCAGGCUGAGGUGAAAGAGUUUGUGAACUGGGCACAGUUCCACACCGUCGUGAGCAAGCACGAGAACCUGGUACAGAUGCUCUUCUUCCAGACCCGACGCCUGCCCAUGUACCUCGUCCUGGAGGCUGUGAGCCCAGGAAACCUCCUCCACUUCCUCUGGACCCUCCACAACGAGGAUCCCGGAACGCCAAGCCAAUCACAGCAGUUUUCUGAGAGGUCGGUGUUCUUGGUGGCAAAGCAGGUAGCAGCUGGUCUGGAAUAUCUGCACUCAGAGCACAGGCUGGUCCAUGGCGAUGUGGCGGCGAGGAGUGUCCUAAUUGGCGCAGGGCUCUCGGUGAGGGUCACAGGCCUGGGCAUGGCCUUCGAGGCCUGGGAAUCGGGCAAGGUGGCCAAGCGGCGGGCGGCGGAGGUGCCCCUCAAAUGGCAGGCGCCGGAGCGGAUAAUGCGCCUCCCGAUGACAACCAGUAGUGACGUGUGGUCUUUUGGAAUUCUCCUUUACGAGUUGGUCACUUUAGGUGCGCCACCAUAUCCUGAGCUGCAGCCACUGGACGUAUUUCCAAAAAUUCAGAACUCCUACAGGAUGAAGAAGCCAGAACACUGCGGAACUCCACUGUACGACCUCAUGAAGUACUGCUGGAUGUGGAACUCCCACGACCGGCCCACGUUUUCCACCAUCAUCAGGCUCCUCAGAUCCUACAUAGAACUUGCUGACACAACACCGCUUUCUUCCCAAGAAAGCGUGGACAUUUUUGUGUACAGCAAGAAGGCAGGUGUGUUUCCUUGACGACUCACGCUGGGUCAUCCCACCUAGAAAACUGUAGGACAUUGAAAAGAUGGACUUCCUGCAACAUUAAUGUGGAUGUUUGGAAUUUUUCACAUCAUCGCUGCAACAGGCAAGGUGUAAUCCUUGCAGGCUUUGAAAGGUUGUGAUGUAUGUAGGCACUAAAUGAGCACUUGAAGUCUCUCACUUGCAAGUAAUCAUACAAACAAACCACUGAUUUUAGGUCCCAGACUUGAAAUUCUGAACAAUAUCUUAACAAAGUAUUUGGACGACAGAAUUUUUUCUAAUUCCUGUUAAAAGUAGAUCCAUCAAAUGAUGUCUACAUUCUCACACCAUUGGUGAUCUAUAGUGAAUUCUGUGUAUGGAAUGUGUUUGCUGGCAACCAUCACAAAUUUACAAAAUAUUUACAUUUACAAGCCCAUUGCUCAUAAAUGUGUUUAAAUGGAUUGUUGUCAACAAUUGCAUGAGUUAAUCACUUUUGGAUUUAAACUGAUUUGGUCAUUUUGUUCGGGACCAUAACAAUUUCAUAUUGAAUUGUGUUUUUAUUCAUACGGUAUGUAUGGAAUUGCCUUUAAUACUUUGUGUUGAUGUUUCUGUGCUCUAAUAAAUAUGAUUCCCAAUGAGU